GCCCGGGGGGCCUGAGAGCGGCGGGGUCCCGGACCCCGCCUUCGUGCCCAGCGCCAUGUCCUGGAUGUUCAGGAGGACGGACGCACCCCAGGUGUUCUUUAAAGUGGAUCCUCUUUGGAAAUAUCUGCAGUCUUUCCAGUAUGGAGUCCAUGCAAGUUUUUCACACUGCACCUAUCCCAAUUUAUUUUCUCCUUUUGACCCUGAAGACAUUAUCCCUCCAGAAGACUUUGUAGCUGGUGAUGAGGAUCUAGAUUCGGUUUUAUUUGGAACUUUGCGAGGUCAUGUGGUUGGAUUACGAUAUUACACAGGAGUGGUUAAUAAUAAUGAAAUGGUGGCACUUCAAAGAGAACCUAAUAAUCCAUAUGACAAGAAUGCAGUGAAAGUAAAUAAUGUCAAUGGAAAUCAGGUGGGUCACAUAAAGAAAGAACUUGCAGCUCCUUUGGCCUACAUCAUGGACAACAAACUGGCCCAAGUUGAAGGGGUGGUCCAUUAUGGAGCAAGCAAUGCUUUUACUAUGCCUGUUCAGAUGAGUUUUUGGGGGAAAGAAGAAAAUAGAAAAGCAGUUUUAGAUCAGUUGAAGAAACAUGGAUUUAAGUUGGGGCCUCCACCAAAAAGUUCAGGAUUUAAUUUUGGUAGUGCUUGGAAUUCUGAAAGAGCUGGGCCAAGUUAUAGUGUACCUAUUCAUGCAGCUGUGCAAAUGACAACUGAACAGCUCAAAACAGAAUUUGAUAAAUUGUUUGAAGAUUUAAAAGAAGAUGAUAAAACUCGUGAAAUGGAACCAGCUGAGGCUAUUGAAACACCAUUACUUCCACACCAGAAACAAGCAUUGGCUUGGAUGGUUUCGCGUGAAAACAGCAAAGAACUACCUCCAUUUUGGGAACAAAGAAAUAACGCCUACUAUAACACAAUCACCAAUUUUUCUGAAAAGGAGCCACCGGAGAAUGUUCUUGGAGGAAUAUUAGCUGACGAUAUGGGUUUGGGCAAAACUCUUGCAGCCAUUGCAGUGAUCCUAACCAACUUCUAUGAUGGCAAGCCUCUUCCUGUUGAAAAAACUAAUCAGUUGAAAGAGGAACAUAUUAUUGAUAAAUCUGCAAAACAAGGAGAAAAUGAUGACAAUGAACAAGUGAAGGAACUGUGUAAAGAAGAAUUUACUACUGGUGAAGAGCCCAGUGUUUCAAAUGUCAAGGAGGAAAGUAAAGAUUUCAAGUCAGAAUUUGCAAGUACCCGUCCCAAAAGAAGAAAAGCCACCGUUAAGUAUACUGAAAGCAGUGACUCAGAAGAGGUGGAGUUAAAUGAAUUACCACAUAAAAUAAAAGCCAGACCAAGACAGGAACAGCCUGUGACUAAAGGCAGAAUUAAAAGAUUUUCUAAGGCCAAAGAAGAUGCAGACUUUGCAUGUGCACUUGAGUCAUCUGCCCCUCUGGUAAAAAAGAAAGCCAUGAAAAAAGGAGCUACCAUAGUACAGUGCUCUAAGAAAAUUGACACUGAAGAGAAACCAAGAGCAACGUUGAUCAUCUGUCCUCUUUCUGUUUUAAGCAAUUGGAUUGACCAGUUUGGACAGCAUAUAAAAUCAGAUGUGCACUUGAAUUUGUAUGUUUACUAUGGCCCUGAUCGCAGCAAAGACCCUGCCUUGCUUUCAAAACAGGAUAUUGUUUUGACUACAUAUAAUAUUUUAACUUAUGAUUAUGGAAGCAGAGGGGACAGUCCAUUACACAAAAUAAGGUGGCUGAGAGUCAUUCUGGAUGAAGGCCAUACCAUACGGAAUCCAAAUGCUCAACAAACAAAGGCUGCAUUAGAUCUGGAGGCUGAAAGACGAUGGGUGCUGACAGGUACUCCAAUCCAGAAUUCAUUAAAGGAUUUGUGGUCACUGCUUUCCUUUUUAAAACUGAAGCCAUUUACUGAUAGAGAAUGGUGGCAUCGAACAAUCCAGCGUCCUGUCACGAUGGGAGACGAGGGGGGACUUCGGCGUUUACAAUCCCUAAUUAAAAAUAUUACCCUCAGAAGGACAAAAACAAGCAAAAUUAAAGGCAAACCUGUCUUGGAGUUACCAGAGCGUAAGGUAUUUAUUCAGCACAUCACACUUACUGACGAAGAGAGACAGAUUUACCAGUCUGUAAAGAAUGAAGGCAGAGCUGCAAUUGGCAGGUAUUUUAAUGAAGGCACUGUGCUUGCACACUAUGCUGAUGUCUUGGGCCUUUUGCUCAGAUUGAGACAAUUAUGUUGUCAUCCUCAUCUCUUUACAAAUACAGCAUCUUCCAGCAGUCCCUCAGGAGAUGAUACACCUGAAGAACUACGAAAGAAGUUGAUUAGCAAGAUGAAGUUAAUUCUGAGCUCUGGCUCAGAUGAAGAGUGUGCAAUUUGCUUGGAUUCUCUAAAUAUUCCUGUGAUAACACACUGUGCACAUGUAUUUUGUAAACCAUGCAUUUGUCAAGUAAUUCAGAAUGAGCAGCCAAAUGCAAAAUGCCCUUUAUGCAGAAAUGACUUACGAGCAGAAAAUUUGGUAGAGUGUCCUCCCGAAGAAUUGAACUGUAGUGCUGAGAAAAAGACUGAUCUGGAAUGGAUGUCCAGUUCAAAGAUCAAUGCUCUAAUGCAUGCUUUGAUUGACUUAAGAAAGAAGAACCCCCAAAUCAAAAGUUUAGUUGUUUCACAAUUCACAACUUUCCUGUCUUUAUUAGAAACACCACUUAAAGCAUCUGGGUUUGUGUUUACUCGUUUGGAUGGCUCCAUGGCCCAGAAGAAGAGAGUUGAAUCAAUUCAGUGUUUCCAGAAUACUGAAGCAGGAUCUCCCACAAUAAUGCUUCUUUCUCUAAAAGCUGGUGGAGUUGGUUUGAAUCUCUGUGCAGCCUCUCGAGUAUUUUUAAUGGAUCCAGCCUGGAAUCCUGCUGCUGAAGAUCAGUGCUUUGACAGAUGCCACAGACUUGGCCAGAAGCAGGAAGUGGUCAUCACAAAGUUCAUUGUGAAGGACUCUGUGGAAGAAAAUAUGCUGAAAAUACAGAACAAAAAGAGGGAACUUGCUGCAGGAGCCUUUGGAACCAAAAAGCCUAAUGCUAGUGAGAUGAAACAAGCCAAAAUUAAUGAAAUCAAAACUUUAAUUGAUUUGUAAUUUGUAUGGUUUUAGGCCAGGUGAGUUUAACUGGUCAAAUACAGAUUUACAAAAUCUUUGGAAGAGGUAAUUUGGAGCCUGCAAUUUGUGUCUUUCUUAAAAAGGUACAGAACAUCUUUAUUAGUGACAAGAUAAUUGACAUGUUAUCUCUUCUGAAUCUGAACUUGUUCUUAAUGAUAGUUCAAAUAGCAAUAAGUACUACUGUGUACAGUGACCUAAAAUAAUUUUAUGGGAGAGAAUUACUUUAGUAUUCUACUUUCAUAAUACCCAUCCUAAGUAUUCUUAAACUAAUUCCCACCAGGUACACAGCCUUUUCACUUUUGACAGAAUGUCAGGCCUUUUGAGCAAAUAAGUUGUUUUCUAUGUUGACCUCUUAUUGUUAUUCGCUCCAGUCUCCUCGAUGUGCUUUUUUUUUUUGAUGAAAUAGAUUCAAAUUAUCUCUCUAAAUUUAAUUCCCAAGAUUGAAAUAUACACAGAAUGUGUAGUGAAUUGAUUCAUUGGUACUUUAUUCAGAACCAAAUUGUAUGAGAGGCCAAAGUGUUGGGUCAACAAAUUAAUUUUAUGUAGUUAAAAAAAAUUUAGAAGCUGUGUUAUAGCAGUACAUUCCCCAUUAUAGUCAAGUAGCACUAUAUGAAGUGUUUAAAAUGUAUCUUGGUACUUAGGUCAUACAUACAGGGAAAAAAAAUCAUUCCACCUUAUUUGAUUUGACAGUUUAAAUUAUGGAAAUGCUAAAAAGAGACAUUUCUGUAAGUAGAUAGUUUUCACUCAUGAAGCUUUUUUGAAAAAUGACUUUGUAAACUUUUCUAAUUCUGAAGUCUGCUUGGGUGUGUGGUUGAACUAGAUGGCCUGACCUAAUAAGGUCCAUUCACCUCUAAGGUUCUGUGAUUCUAUUAACAUCUUGGUCCUGAUUCCUCAUAAAUCUCUUGUGCAUGUUCAAAACAUCAGAACAUUUGGAACUUAAAAAGAAUUCAUUCUCAUAUGCCCAUAGAAACCCAGUCAUCUUUAUUACUUUAUGUUAAUAAGAAAACUAUUAAUGGUUGUCACAGAAUUCCAGAUGGUCCUCUGAGUGCUAUUUUAAAAUAUAUAUAUAAAUUCAGUGAUCAGGUUUAGAUAGUCAGUGUUACUUCCAUAUGGAAAUAGUUUAGAGAAUGUAUUUUUUUUUAUGAGAAAAGAUGCAUUAAUAACUGUGAUGAGAAAAGAUUCAUUUUUGGUACAGAUGUAAAAGCACCUUAGAUUUUACUUAUAGUAUUUGGUGUCACCUGACUGAAAAGCAGGGAACAUUACGGGCAGUUUAAAAUUGUGGCAUAUGUGUUUUAAGGUUAGGAGUAAAUCUUCCCUAAAGCCUAAAUUUAGAAUUGACUCAUGUCAGGUAUGCUGGCAGCUAAGCUUGCGUUUUCCUAUGUAGUUUCUUCUACCAUUGUUAAAAGCAAUUGAUUCAUACCAGAUGAAACUAGGAGCUUUGUGGCACGUCUCCCUGGGUCGGGGAAUGGGAGUUGGGGGCUGUAUCCUUAACCUUCAGGAGCUGCUUAAGGAGCAGACUGCAGAGAAGCUUUACUGAUCUUUGGCCAUAGAAGCUUUGGGCAGUUAGAAAUAUAGCUCAGAACCUGAAUUUUCCUACAAACAAAAUUGGAUUGACUUGUACAACUCCUUCUCCCUCCGAGUUUCUGUAAAGUUAAGAAAUCCCUUGUCUCCUUUCCCAAACAUUUGCUGAGUUUCUUUUCCCUCGUUUCCAGUAUUUAUUUUGGUGAGUUCUUUCAAAAGUACAAAUAUUUCCUUAAUGUAUUGUUAAAGAAAAUAUGCAAACUACUUUGAAAUUUGGGGAUGGAUACUGGAAUUUUAACUUAAGUUAGUGCUGUGUUAUGAGCCAGUUUGAGUUUCUGUGAUACAGAAGAAGCUCACUGUGAACAGUUUUGUUGUAAAAGGUAGAUGCUAUGCCCUAUGCAUUUGUAGUCUGGAUUGGAUUUCUGUGUUACAUUUAAAAUCAAUAAAAAUGUUAGAAUUAA